CUCAGAGUUGUUCCCGCUUCUUUUGCUUAAGAGAGCUCCGAGCUACUUUUGACCUCGUUACAUUCCGCCUCCCAGCACUGCACCCCGGCUUUAAAGGAAAGGAGAACACGAAACAUCAUGGCGAAGAGGAUAUACUUUUUGGCCCAUGGCGGCCAAGUACAAGGCGUGGGGUUCCGCUACUUUACCCAGAAAAGAGCGACCGAGUAUGGACUCACAGGGUGGUGUCGCAACACGGAUAACAACAAGGUUGAGGGCGAGGCGCAAGGUGACGAGGACGCGCUGAAGAAGCUUCUCAAAGAUAUCGAUCAGGGGCCGAGGUCGGCCAAGGUCGUCAAACUCGACCAGGAGCAAAGGGAUCUCGUCAACGACGAAAAGGACUUUCUGGUCAGACGAUGAGAGGUGCCGGGGCACCGAUCCUGCAACUGAGGGGUGUGCUAGUGAAAUGCUGCGAGACGGAGACGGGAAACGGGCUUGCUGCCCGGUCUUGGGCCAUCACAAGCAUAUCCUAGGGCAACAUAUGAUUUGUUCAUGGUCACUCUGAAUCACAGCUUGGAGAGUAUGUUAUUGAAGAGAUGGCAACACUGGUUUAUCGGGCCCAUGACUUGACAUCACAAGCUGUCCGGGUCGCCGUACCACUGUCACGAGCUCAAACGAGCAUGCUACUCUCUUGACCAUGAAUGUGUUCCCAUAACAAUAUUACAAGCACAAUUACAUCAAUACAGUCUCAAAUACGG